AUGGCCCGGCUGCUGCUGGUGCUGCUGCUGCUGCUGCUGGCGGCGCGGCGGGGCGCGGGCGGCGGGUGCGGGCCCUGCCGGCCCGAGCGCUGCCCCCCGACGCGCUGCCCGGCGCCCGAGCUGGCUGCGCGGGACGAGUGCGGCUGCUGCGAGCGCUGCCUGGGCGCCGAGGGCGAGCGCUGCGGCGGGCGGGGCGCCGGGGGCCCGCGGGGGCCCCGCUGCGGCCCGGGGCUGGUGUGCGUGAGCCAGGCGCGGGGCGCGGGGGCGCCCGAGGGCACCGGCCGCUGCGUGUGCAAGGAGGACGGGGCGGUGUGCGGCUCCGACGGGCGCUCCUACCCCAGCGCCUGCGCCCUGCACCUGCUCGCCGGGCCCCGGCGCGUCCGCAAGGCGCACGACGGCGAGUGCCGGCUGGCUCCUGUGAUUGUUGUACCACCAAAAAAGAUCCAUAAUCUAACUGGUGCCCAGGUGUACCUGUCCUGUGAAGUGAAGGCAGUUCCCACUCCCAUCAUCACAUGGAGAAAGGUCACAGAGUCACCCAAGGGAAUUAAACUCCUGGAAGAAUUGCCUGGAGACAGAGUAAACAUGGCUGUCCAAGUUCGUGGUGGUCCUUCUAAACAUGAGAGCACAGGGUGGGUUUUGAUUAACCCGCUGAUGAAGGAAGAUGAGGGUGUUUACCAAUGUCAUGCUACCAACAUGGUUGGAGAAACACAGGCAGAAGGGAAUAUUAAAGUCACUGAGCAAAGUAAAAGUAAGAGGACUAACUUCCUAGAACCAGAUGACAUGAUAUAGCAGGGGAGAAGUGAUUCAAUCUUCACUCCAGGGAAACAAAGAUUGUCGAGCACAGGCUAAAAACAAGUCAAUUAGUGGCUUCCUUGGCUAUCUUACAUUAUAGAAUUAGGAAACUGCAUUAAUAUUCUUGUUACGUGGUUAAUGACAUGUUUUUUGUACAUUUUCCUAUUUAGAUCAAUUAGAUUAAUAUUAAAAAUCUGUAGUUUAUAACAGGAAAAAAUGAGCAAUAAAACGCUUUUCU